GUGACCCACUCAUGUAACUUUCCAUGUGAUGUACUUGUUUGCUUUCAGAAGCAGACUCACCGGGGUUCACUUCAAAUGAAUGGGUACCUUGUGAUACAGCUGUAUUGCUUGGCUUGGUGUGCAUUCAGCUUCCAACAGCCAACGUAUGAAUAGAGUGCUGAGUGGAAGGCUUUAUGCACCCUUCAGUGCUUACUCUUUAUUCUUUUUAGCAUAGGUUGAGAGGUAACAGGUUGAGAAGCAUUACUUAAUUCCAACUGUGCUGCUUCCAGUUCGUGAUCUGAUCCACCAUCUGCGAAGUACUUCAGAUGAAUGGAAAAGUUCAAGGGACACUUGGCUACAGAAAAUAGUUUUGAGAGAGAGAGAUGUGGCCCAGCACCAUUCCCUGUGGUCCAGCCACCAGAGGGGGGUGUUGCACAUGGUUUCUAAAGAUGGUAUAAUGCUGAUUGGUUUGCCAGUUUCAGAAUGUCUGAUUCGAGCAUCUCUUGUUACCAAUUAAUGAGAAAAACCAUGGGGUGUGUAUGUCACUUGUAAUUGUUGGCAAAGUGUACCGUUUGUGCUCUGUGCUCUUUGUUCAGUUAUUACUUGGUUUGGAAAAUGGUUGACGAUACCUUAUCUGUUUCUGCAUUAAUCACAAAAGACAUGAGCAUAGGAGACGCCGGUGAUCUCAGAAGUUGCUUCAGUGUGGUAAAAUGUGUGGAAGUGCUAAUGUUGGAGUUGUAAUAUGUGUUACUAUGCCAGAAAAUAGUCAUGUUGUCGGAGAUCUCAUUUUUGCAAAGCUCUUAGCACAUACAUGGGCCUCUUGAGAGCAAACCUGUGGCUUUACAGCUAUAUGGUGAGAGAGGGUGUGAAGUACAUAUAAGGGAAUAAGGUUUCAGAAAGUGGAACACUCAUUAGCAAUGCAUUAUGUGUAGAGAGGUGCUAAAAUAUGGCAAACAGUCAGAUCCUAACAAUGUGUACUUUGGAAGUAAACCUGCUUGAUGCAAUGAGAAAUCCUUAACAUGUAGAUAAAUCUUCCAGUUUACAUCUAGAUAAACUUUCCAAAGCCAUGUAAGGUUGAGGCUGCAAAGAAGGAUCACUCUCAAAUCCCAACAGAUUGUUGCAAGAGCUAUAUUGGUAUCUUCAUUCUCUCCUUUGCAAUCCUGUUCACAGAGCAAGGAGCCACUUUGAGAGAGGAAUGGAUUUCAGCUGAUCAGCCAGCAAACAUAAUGACCAUGUCUUUUCUUGCUCUUCUUGAUACCUAAAGCACUACUUGUAGGAAGGAGGGGGGGGACAUGGUGUGUAUAUACACGUUGUGAAAACAAUAUACAACCAGGCCCUAUUACAUGUAGAUGUGUGAGUUCCUAAGGUGCAGCUUAUUCUGACUUGUACUUAUUGUGUAGAGGUCACCAUAUUGCACUGAGCCAUACUGUUUUGUUACACAAAGUCUUUAGGCCAAGUUGAUUUCUGGUCUACCAGCUUUUGUUGGACUCUCACUCCCAUCUGCUGCAGUCAGCAUGACCUGUGGUUGGCUAAGAUGGGAGUUGUAGUCCCUCACUCUUGCUUUAGACUGGUAUGCUGGGUUCAGCAUUUUGGAACAGGGAACAGUCAUAAGGAUGGACAGCAUUGGUGAAUUUAACUGCUGGUUGACAAUACUACUAUUUUAUGCUUUAUACCUGCCAGCUGUAUUGAGAAUGAAAUCAACUUGUCCAGCCUGACCGUGGAAAACGUGCAUGAGAAUAUGUGAUAUCCUCAUUGUGGGGUUCAGACUUGUGGGAGGAAAAAAUAUGAUGUUGCUGUGAAGUUUUGCCUUUUUUGUGUUGGAGCUGUGUAAUGGGAUCACCACCCUUUGUGAUCUCCUAUCAGGAUAGUUGUAGCUCAGUAUUGUUCUGUACCUUGUGUUGGAUGAGUCUGAGAGGCCCUUAUUUUGCAGAGAAUACCUCUUGAUUACAUUGCUGUCAGCAAACGGGGGGUGGGGGGAAUUAAAAUUCUGACAUUUAUAAAAACUGUUUGGAGACUUCAUACAGACAAAGCCCUAGCUUUCUUGAGUAGCGUGGGCUUACUGGCAAGCUUGCAUUAACUAUGCAAACCCUGAUAUCAUGUUACAUUUGCGGGUAUGGAACUCUGUAAGUGUGGUGCUCCAAUUCUAAAGUACAGUACAGUAUUGCUCUUUGGCUUGAUGGUAUAUCUCUUGAUGUCUCAUUCUAAACAUUGAUAUGCUGAUGCUGCAAACAUCAGGAUAAGACUCUGCCAAUAGUUUCUAAACAAUAUUUUCCAGUGAGCAUAACUCAUUAUUAGGUAGUGGUUUGGAAUUUUGAAUUCAGAAGCCAUUUUUAAAACGUUAUUGCAAUGCUUUAUUGCACUUGUUUAAAAAACAAAGACUAUUCACCAAUUCUCCUUCCUUUCUCUCAUUAAAGUUUUCAGGUGUGAUUUAAGACUUGUUUAUGAAAGUACAUAUGACACCUAACUGAUUUACAUCAGUUUACACCACCAGCAAUUACUGAAAUGUAGGGAAAGGAAUGGCUAGUAGUUAACCACAGUCUGUUAGCAGAACUUAAAAGAUGCAGCUUCCCUAACCAUCUUUGUUUUAACUAAUUCAGGUUGUUAUCUGAUUUUUAUUUGCUACCUAUUGCUCUUUGCUGUAGUUUUAAUGUUUGACUUUCACACAUUGUGAGCCCUCUUAUGAACCAUUCGGGUUAAGAGGCAGUGUUAAAUAUGUCAAAUUAAAUAAUAUUGCCUGGUGUGCUUUAACUGAGAAGCAUUCCUCAGUGUUUCGUUUGUAGCUUCUGUGUUGGAACUUUAUGUUUCUAACCACUUUCAUUCUUAGUGAAGUAUUCCAGGCUGCUUGGAAUGGCAGGGAGUUGUAUUGUACCAGAUGAUUCUUUCAGCCAAUUAGGGUGACCCAAGUUCCCAGGGAGUCAGCUUAACCGAUUAUACACUCCCAAUAUCUGACAUAUGAAAUUGGGUUCAUUGUAAGGUAGCAAAGAACAGAAAGAGCUCUGUCAAAAGAAUCUGCUGGCAGAGUGUGCCAAGAAAGAAAAGUGAAAUAUCCCCAAGUCCCAAAUAUUCACUUUCCUUUCUGAAAAGGGGGGGGGGUGCUUCUCCAUUUCACUCGCAAGUUCUGAGAUCCAGUUCUAAAAAGUGUUGUGACAGUCCAGUAGGUGCAGUUGGAAGAGGAUGCCACUAAGUACAUUUACGUAAUGAGAAAAUUGGUUCCAUUACCUAUCAAUUUGGUACAUUUGAAAGAUAUACAGUGAUGAGGUAUAUUCAGACUUCAAAAUAAAGACUUGUUCCAUUUCUAAGAAACAAACAGUUUGAUUUUGCUUGUUCCUAAGAUGCAUUGCCCCAGGACAAGUUGACCCCAUGCUCAGGAUCUAUGAAUUAGUAUCCUGAAUUUUGCUUGCCAGUGGUCACCUCUGAGCAACUGAAGACUUGCCCAAGUGUAAUCUGGAAGCUUUUCUUCCACUGCAAAUGGCAGGUGUGGAACUCCCAAUUCAGAUAAGGAUUGCAGCAGCAGCAAGAGGUUAAAGCUCCCUAUUCUCCUGCCAAUCCAUACUGAAUCCCUGUGCCUACUAAGCUCCUUUUUAAAAAAAGGCCAUUAAUGCAAUUGCUAACUGUGUGAAAGGCAUCUUGUAUGGUCCUAAUUUUAAUGGCACAUCUAUCUUUACCAGCAUCUAAACGUUCUCUUUGCGCUUCAAAAUGUGUGUAAUUAAGAAGGCAUUAAUUGUCCUUUAGUUGGUAGUUUAUAUUAUGCUACAAUAGUUCUGCCAAUUGGAGGGGGGCAGGGGUUGACCCCCCCAGUAGUUAAAGAUAUAAGAAGAGCCCUGCUGGAUCAGAUCAAAAGCUGGCAUGAUUUAGCAUCUUGUUUCCCACCAUGGACAACCAGAUCCAGUACCAGAUAUUGGGAGGAGGCAGGAUAUGUUCACUCCAUCAACUGGUAUACAGAGGUGUGCCACCUCUGAUCCUGGAGGUAGGAUACAGCACCUUUCUCCCCUUCACAUGUGGCAAAAACUGAUUAGAGCUUGGAUGUAGCAAUAUUAUGGUAAAGGUAUUGUGGGUACAGAAUUUACUUGUACAGACCACUUGCUGUCAGCCCAAACUGUCCAUUCACGUAGCCUUUCCAGUUAGGUCUUCUUCAUCUGGUUGGACUCUUGCUCAGCAGCUUGCAUGUCUGCUUUUAGUGUUGACCCUGUUAAGUCAGAGGCACAGAAAUUAUAGGGAAUUGCUGAGGAGGGCAGAGCACCUCAAGGACUCUUCCACCUGUCCUCUUGGUGUGCCAUUCCUUGUCUUACACAACCAUUGCUUUCUGCCUCUGUGGCUGGUUGCAUUUAUUCCAGCAUGCUCAUUAAAAAAUAUUUUAAGCUUUUGUGCUGAACCGUCAGAGAUUUGCCUCCUGGGAUGACCAAAAAAUAAAUAAAUAAAUCACCUGAUCUAAUGAAGCCUCACCUGCACAAUGUUUAACCCUUUUUGUGUCUUCAAAGGUGAGCACCUGUUUGUUUUUGUGCUACAAAUUCCUAACUUCUUGAGAGCUUGGAAACCUGGCAACUUGUCUGCAGUUAGUACCGGUAGGUCUACCCCGCUCUAAGUACUUGGUUUCUACUACUGCCUACAAUUCAGUCUAGGAAGGAAAUUGUUCGCUCUACUUCUGCUACAUACCACAUUGACGUAUUUGAUCUGGAUUGAUUCAGCUGAAUUGUAGUACUGUGAAGAAGUGUCUCAUUAUUGCCUUUGUUUUUCUGCUAGAGAUGCUAUGGUAUUACUUGGUAGCAGAUCUGCAUUAACACACACCCAACGGAUUUGCAGUAUGAAUACGGUAGUAGUUGUGAACUUUUGUCUUUCUGUAAGUCGGGUGUGGAAUAAUUGUUUGGAUUUCCAGAAAUGGCAUGCUUAAUACUCAGUUUGAAGUGUUUUCCAGCCAUGUGAGAAGUUGUUCUUCCUGGGUGCAUCACUAGUCUACCUAGUUCAGUAAGCUGUCUUUGGCAGUAGUCAAAUCUGACUGCUCUCAGAGGAAGUGACUACGGUAUGUUCUUGCUUUGUGAUCUGAAUGAUGAUAAAGUGUUAGCCUGCGGAGAAGCUUUCUGAACUUUAUGAAAUGCAGAGCAGCAAAUGGAUCCUCUUUGCAUUCUUAGUUAAUAGUUUAGAGUUUCAGUCCUUAAGCUGGUGCAUCUCAACAGUUUCAGCAGAGAGAAAUGGACAAUGGAGGAGUGCAGUUUCCUCAUGGACAACCUUUGUGUGCAUGUUUUGCUGAACAUUUGUGCAGAAGAUGCAAAGUUGGUAGCCUGUUCCUUUAAGGACUUCGUACAAAGCUGGCACCAUGCCCAGCCUCUUCUCUUCUUCCCCCCACUUCAAGGCUGUUCCUUUGGGGCUUUUCCUGAAACAAUACCACAAGCUACCCUGCCACUUUGCUUGCUCUGCUUGCCCUGCAGACAGUCUCUGAAUCAAGAGCCAGCUCUGCUUUGAGGGACAAUGGAGAGUUGCAGCACAGGCAGAAUGAACUAUGCAGCCUGAGUCUGGAUCUGUGCUGAGAACAAGGCUGUCGUCUGAAAAUAGCGAUAUGGAAACUGAACCCAGUAGUCCUCAGAGUAUGUGGGAAGGCGACUCCGAAUUCAGCUUCCAGUUUUGGACCCAGCUUUUUUUGUGGAUGCACUUGGUUGGCCGGUUGGUCGCUUACAUCCUGCGUAGCUUUGGGGGGCUAAAGCAAUAACUCCUUCCUGUCCCUUAUGACUUGGUUGUUCUUUGGAGGUCCACUGUGACAUCUAAUAGUUUUAGAGCUCUUUGGCAAGCAGUCCUAUGAGGAGGAGACAUCGCCCUGCAUUUUUUCUUCUUUCUUUUUCCUUACCUCCAUUCUUCUCUGUUCUGGAUGGCCUCGCUUAAGAAAGGCUUCUUAACCUUGAGAGAAGGACAAAGUUUUAGAAGCAAGAUUUCUGGUUUCUCUUCCCAUGUUUAUCCACACACUCUGGACUGUGCAGUAAUCUUUUGCUUCAUUCAGAGAAUAUGAGCUUUUGGGGGCUGCUUAGCAAUAGAAUCCAGAAGUUAUGAGGACUGCCAUUCUGCAAAUGAAUGUUCACACUUGGAAUGUUGUAUUAGUGUUUAGAAAGAGUGAUUUCUAUCUCCAGAUUGAGCAUCCACGGAGAUAUGGGAUUGAAUGAGCUCCUACUUUUGAGUUUUGGGGGCCACACCUUGUCUUAUUCCAUCUACAGCAUCAGAGGUUUCCUUUGGCGUGCUCUAGUUUCAUCAAGUUAUCUGAACAUCUUGGUUCCUUCCAACUCUACAGUUCUAUGAGUCUAUCUCAGUCUCCCUCUCUCCUUGAAUUGUUUCUUCUUUCUGUUAAGGAAUCAUCCCGUUUUGGAAGAUAAUAGGGCUUUCCUACCUGACAAUUUUCUUAUUUGCCCUACCUUCAGCCCUGAGGACAAAAGAGAUUCGGAGAAUUUGUGAGCUAUUUUAAGCCUCAUUGCAUAGCCCUUGCUACUGCUGAUCUGGCAGGCCUUCCUCCCUCUGUAUUAAUCAAAUCUGCCUGCUGUUCACCCUCUGAUCAGCUGUGUAAGUGACCAGGCUCCCUGUAUUUCUUUCUAAACAGAGAGAAUAUGGAAUGAACUGUCUUGGAGCCUUUCUGAGCCUUAGCGUGGGGGCUUGGGAAAACCUGAUAUGGAUGGUUGCCCCGGACUGGUUGCUGAACUGACAUGAACGCUAUGGUCCAGGGAGGUGGGUUUGAUGGAAGUCGAGAGCAGUCGGCUCAAGCCAAAUGCCUGUGUGAAUCACUUGGAGGGGAAUGUUAAGAGCUCUGCUGAAUCUGGGACUGUGUCUGUUCUCCAGUUGCUGCCUUUACCCCUCUCUUCCUGUGGUGGGACAGGAAAAGCAGUGCUGCUGCACCUACCUGUUGGUAAAUAGCAAUGAGUGAAGAGAGUGCCCUCCUGGAUCCUGACUGAGCUGCUUGGCUGUGUUUGCUCCGAGAGCAGAGCUGGGGCAGAGGAAAAGAACCGGUGAUAAAAUAAAAGAGAAACAUGAGCCAUGGAGCUGAGGUGAACUCUCAAAACUCCAGCAAGGACAAAGGGUGUAAGAUGUCGGCGCUACAGAAACUGGAGAGUCUGGCAGGGCGGAUCUUUUACUGGGGGCCACGGAGUGAUUCGGGGGCACCGAACGUUGGGGAGGCAGCCUAUGAAUCUGAGCACACGGCAGCCUGGAAUGAGCAGAUGAAGGAGUUUCUUGCCAAAGCCAAAGAAGAGUUCCUCAAGAAAUGGGAGAGCCCGUUGCAGAAUACGUCCAGCCUGGAACACUUCGACCGGCUCAAGACCCUGGGUACAGGCUCUUUUGGGCGAGUGAUGCUCGUGAAGCACAAGGAUACCGGGAAUUACUUUGCCAUGAAGAUCCUUGACAAGCAGAAAGUUGUUAAGCUGAAGCAGAUCGAGCACACCCUCAAUGAAAAGCGCAUUCUCCAGGCUGUGAACUUCCCAUUCCUUGUCAGGCUAGAGUAUUCUUUUAAGGAUAACUCAAAUCUGUACAUGGUGAUGGAAUACGUCCCAGGUGGUGAGAUGUUCUCCCACCUACGACGGAUUGGCAGGUUCAGUGAACCUCAUGCCCGGUUUUAUGCCGCUCAGAUAGUGCUGACUUUUGAGUACCUGCACUCACUAGAUCUCAUCUAUCGAGACUUGAAGCCUGAGAACCUCCUCAUUGACCAGCAGGGCUACAUUGAGGUGACAGAUUUUGGCUUUGCCAAACGAGUGAAAGGCCGAACAUGGACCCUUUGUGGGACUCCAGAAUACCUGGCUCCUGAAAUCAUUCUGAGCAAGGGUUAUAACAAAGCUGUGGACUGGUGGGCCCUGGGUGUCCUCAUCUACGAAAUGGCAGCCGGCUACCCCCCAUUUUUUGCAGACCAGCCCAUUCAGAUAUAUGAGAAGAUUGUCUCUGGGAAGGUUCGCUUUCCGUCUCACUUCAGCUCAGACCUGAAGGACCUGUUGCGUAACUUACUUCAGGUAGACCUCACCAAACGCUUUGGCAACCUCAAAAAUGGAGUCAAUGACAUCAAGAACCACAAGUGGUUUGCUACUACUGAUUGGAUUGCCAUCUACCAACGGAAGGUGGAAGCUCCCUUUAUACCAAAGUGCAAAGGCCCCGGCGACACAAGUAACUUUGACGACUACGAGGAGGAGGAGAUCCGGGUGUCCAUCAGUGAGAAGUGCGCCAAGGAGUUUGCAGAAUUUUAGGGCCAGUCCCCCUUGCUUUGUGUGCCCAGGAAACGGAAGGGCUGGAUUUGAUCAGCCCCAAGGGCCAGAGUUCCUUGCCUAUAUGUUAAUUUGGGGAGGUGGGAGAGUGUUGAGGUUCACCUGAAUCAGUUUGGGCAGAAGAGAGAAAAGGGGAGUUCAUUUUGAAGCUGUGGAAAAGGCAGCAGUUGGAGUGCCAUCCAUCCACCUCCCACUGAAAACUGUAAGGUGGCUCCCAGCCAUUCUCAGGCAGGUUUUAAACAAAUUCCCUUCCUCCUCAUAUUGACUCCAACCCCCCUCCCCACCACCACCACACACAAACCCUAAUUGGACAGUCCCUGGUUUAUUGGUGGCUUUAUUUUAUUUUAUUAAUUUUUUUUAGGGGAAAGGGGAUAUAUUUGCCAUUCAUCACCCCCUAUGAAAGGUCUGGUUCAUGGGGCACUGCAAGAAUUUCUGGGGGGGGGUGCGGGUUAGGGCAAGAAAUAACCACAUCCACACAGCACUUUGGUGUUUAGACCAGCACUGAACAGGUUAAUGGCCCCACCCUCUCAACUUCCCCUAUGGGACAACUCCUGUCCUUUUAUCAGUCCCCCCCCCUUUCCAGGCCCCUUUUAUUAUCUUUAAAUAAAAAGUUUAAAGAAAUAGUUGACUGGCUUUAUAAAAAAGGGUUUUAAAAGUCUAGGCAGGGCACAGUGCUUUUUUAUACGCUCUGUCUCCCGCACCGUUAAAUUAAAUUCAGCAGGAAUUUUAACUCUGUAAAAACAACUGAGUUUUAGCAUGAAGAAUUUGUGUGUGUUUUUUGGAUAGAAAAACACUUUAUUUCCAAUCUUUGUCUCCCUAUUUUGGGGGAAAGAAGGGGGCAAUAGUUUUCACACCUGUAGGAGGGAGCAGUGACUGGUUGCCAGCUGGCGAAGGCAUACUGAGAGAAGGAACCUUGUCUCAAUUUGUCUUUCUUAAAUGUGCACACACCCCUUCUCUCUCUCUCUCUCUCUCUCUCUCUCCCCUCCCCAGUCUCCCCAUCAUCACCACCACCCUCCAAUCCAAAUGUCCCAACAUGAGUUGUUUCCCCACUUCAGGCAACUCUUGGAGCAUCUGCCUGAACGGAAGAGAAACAAGCAGGAUCUAGUCCACCCUGUGAAACAUCAGAUAGACUCUAGCUAGUUGCCAUGGUUCAAAGGGGCUUCUCUCAUUUGGUGAGCCAUCAGGGUGGGAGAAAGUCCACAUAGAUAGAGCUUGAACGUCGCAGGCAAAAUGCAUUGGCUGCUAGGAUCCUUACCCUUCCAAACUCAAACCUCCAACAUCUGUUUUUGUAAUACAAGGAUCUUUCCAGUCUGUUGGUAGAAACUCCAUUGCACCAGUCCUUAAGGGCUCCAUUGACCUGCUAUAUUUUUUCUUAAUGUUAAGAUGGUAAGGAGGGAGUGGAAAAUGUAAAUCCCGGUAUAAACAGAGGUGGGUAGGGGCUUAGAAACAAAAGUGUUGGGAAGGCCCAUUCCAUUUUGACCUGCAGUUCUGAUAGGGAAUGAGAGGUGGCAUCUGUUUUAUUAGAGUCUUUUCUCAUGGAUGCGGAGGGAGCUGUGACUCAAAGAUGAGGAGGGGGAGCCCAUUUCUCUCCAUUAAAUUUGUUCCGACUCUUUCCUCCCCCU